UCUUUGCAGGGAAAUGAAAACUUUGGAACCAAGGCAUGUAUAACAUUAAUAAGAAUUAUAUAGGAGAUUAGGAAGCAGAAGCACCUAGCAGUAGUAGCAUCGUCAUCGUCGUCGUCAUCAUCAUCAUCAUCACCUUCUGGAAAGAUCAUAAGCCUGCAAUCCAUCUCCGGUGACUCUCACGCUACUUUGGUAUCUUUUUGUCUGGGUUAGUUCUGUCGACUUCCUUGGUCCAACACAUUUGCAGCUGAACCGACAGAUGGCGGGUCAGUUCUCCAAUGAAAGCUCCAGUACUGGAAAUAUUUCAGCAGAGUGUUCAGAUUCAACUGUUCAGCUCAAUAUCAAAACUCUAGAUUCCCGCAUCUACAGUUUUCAAGUGAACAAAAAUAUGCCUGUUCCGUUGUUCAAAGAGAAAAUUGCAAAUGAAAUUGGUGUUCCAGUUAGUCAGCAACGAUUGAUAUUUAGAGGAAAAGUCUUAAAGGAUGAACAUGUUCUUUCUGAGUAUCAUGUUGAGAAUGGGCAUACAUUGCAUUUAGUUGAAAGACAACCAAAUCAGCCACAGGCUUCUGGUACGAGUGCUGAUGAGCCCACUGGUACAAGUAGUAACCAAGGUUUAAAUUCAGGAAAUGAUGUGGGCUCAGGGCCUCCUCGUAACCGUCUUGGGCAAAUUUCACACAGUGUUGUUCUUGGGACAUUUAACGUGGGGGAACAGGGUGAAGGAAUUGUUCAUGACAUCACUCGGGUUAUUGGGCAUGUUUUAAAUUCUAUUGGAAACGGAGGCCAAAGUACAGUAAACGGUCCUAAUGCUGUGCAAACUUCUUCUGCUCAACCAGGCAAUGAAACUGAAGGAAUGCGUGCUGGAAAUCAAAACCCAGCAGGAAACCAGGCACCAUCUGGACAGACAUUUCAUGGUCCAAUAUCUGUAUCUCAUGUUCAGAUUCCUGUGGCAGCAGGAUCCAUACCCCUCCCAUCUCUCAAUGCACCAAUUCCUGAUUCAUUGAACACACUGAUCGAGUUUAUGAAUCGCAUGGAACAGACACUGACACAAAAUGGUUAUCAGUCAAAUUUUUCGUCAGCUAACCCUGGAGAUCAGAGAGUGGAAUUGCCUUCUAAUGCGCAAGGGAUGCCGACUAUUGAAGCAUUAAGUACUGUCUUGCGUCGUGCAGAGAGAUUACUUGGUGGUCAAACUGUUGCUGCACUAUCUCAUAUUGCAGGACGCUUGGAAAGAGAAAGAGCUUCUGCUGAUCCACGUAUAAGAGGUCAAAUACAGUCAGAGUCAGCGCAAAUAGGACUUGCUAUGCAGCAUUUGGGUGCACUUCUACUUGAACUUGGCCGAACAAUGCUGACACUGCGUAUGGGACAAUCUUCUGUAGAAUCAGUUGUUAAUGCUGGACCAGCUGUUUACAUUUCUCCAUCAGGGCCAAAUCCUAUAAUGGCGCAGCCUUUUCCACUUCAGACAAGCUCCCUCUUUGGUGGCCCACUUCCCUCCUCAACUCCUGGAACUUUGGGUACCAUUGGUAUUGGAAGUGCUCCUAGGAACGUGAACAUUCAUAUACAUGCUGGUACCUCUAUUCCCAUUGUUUCAGCAAUUGGUUCUAGACCAAAUAAUGGGGAAGGGACCCGAAGUGAACAGCAUAAUGAGCCUGGUUCUGGUGGUUCAAGUUCAACACGGCAAUUACCUGUUAGAAAUGUUAUAGCCGCAACUAUCCCAUCACACCCUCCUAGUGUUGGAGUCUCUAGUAGCACGCAAACUGGGUUCAGUGUUUCUUCUUCACAGCCACCUGAUUCAGCUUCAUUGUCGUCUGCUUUAGCUGAAAUUAAUGCUCGUCUUAUGAAUGUUGUUGGCAGUAUGCAAGGAGAUAACACAGCUCCAUCAGGUGAAAUUGAAUCAAUCAGCAGGGACUCAUCUUCUGGAUCUGAAUCAAGACCUUCUACACUAAAUGCACAGCAAGAUACCAUGGAAGCGAAUUUCUUUGGGGCUUCCAGUGCUUCCUUAGUUGGCAGUUCGUCUGAAAGUGAGCUCCAAACUGAGGCAGUUCAAACCUCUGGUAAUGCUGAGAGAGAUGUUUUAGUUGACGAAUUUAUUUCUUCUUCCAAACAAGAUUUACAAAGUUGUUCUAGUGGAGAAACUAUUGUUAAACCAGAAAAAGAUGGUGGCGUUUCAGCUGUCAGUGACGAACAAGAUGUAACUGAACCUGCCAAGUCUGCUCCUCUAGGAUUGGGUAUGGGUGGCUUAGAGCGUAAGAAGCGAAACAGACCUCAACCUCCUGUGAGUAAAGUUGCUGAUGAUGGAUCUUCCAGUUCUUCUGUCGAUAAAAAGCAAACCAGAACAGAUGGUCAACAUAUACUACAAACUCUCGCAAGUCAUGGAUCUGCAUUGAAUUCAAGAAAUGUUAAUGGUCCAUCCCAGCGACCCUUGCCCUCCAGUGAUCGUCCCAUUGAUGUGGCUGGUUUAAUGUCUCAGGCUUUACAAAGUCCUGCUUUGAAUGGUUUGUUGGAAGGGGUUUCACAGCAAACUGGAGUUGACUCACCUGAUGGUUUGAGAAAUAUGUUGCAGCAGUUCACACAGAGCCCACAGCUGAUGAAUACAGUCAACCAAAUUGUCCAACAGGUUGGCAGUCAGGAUGUGGGGAAUAUGUUUGCUGGAGCAGAAAGAGGGCAGGGUGGUGGUAUUGACAUUUCAAGGAUGUUUCAACAGAUGAUGCCCAUUGUAUCUCGAGCUCUUGGUGGGGCAAAUCCUUCCUCACUGUUCUCUAUUGAAGAAGCAGAACCUGGUGCACUCCACCAAGAUGGAACGGUUAACAGAGAUGAAUAUUCUGAUAAUCCUAGUUUACAGCUCGACCUUCAACCACUGGCUGAGAGGAUUGAGCAUUUGAGUCCUUCUGUAGAUAUUUUCGGUGCUGUAGCUGAAAAUGCUGUCCAGCUAUCUGGCUUGGGAAGCGUUUCUAAUGAUCUUCUGGAUGAGUUAUGCCACAAUGAGAGUCUUGCCAGGGAAUAUGUAGAUAUGUUGCGAUAUGAUGUAAGUAAGCUGCUCGAGGGACGUUCUGAAGCGGACAAAUCCUAACUAUAGUGUAUGAAUACACAUUUUCUGCUCCCAUUGCUUCUAUUGUAUCACAACUCUUGACCUUCCCGAACUUGUAGAAAAUGAGUUAUGGCGUGUAGUGUCCUAAAUAAUUGAUUAAUCAUUAAUUGAUCUGGAUCAUUUUGACGGACUUCCAGAUCAUGUGUGAAAAUUAACUUACGCCACAUGCCAGAUGGGUGUUUCAAAUGUAGCGUUGAGAAGUUGACUAUUUUUUCCCACACCCGCCUCCUGUUUAUUCUGGAAUGGAGAUUCCGGAAAAGCACGUUUCACAUGAGAAUGGGAAUGGGAGAAAAAGUAAGAUGAUGUUUAAUGACUUCCACUGCCGCAUUUUGUCUUUUAAGACUUACCCUCUUUUGGGCUUAAUUCAGACAGUGGAUGUUUCAUCAAAUAGUCUUGUACUGCUAGCGCUUCCAUAAAUGGCUGAAUCUCGUUGCAUUACAACUGAGUUUAUCCAGGAUUGAAGUAUAUUUUAUAGACCGAGAACUACUUGAAAAAAAUUCAGCACUUCUGUGCCAUGUACUUCUCUCAUUAAACUCGUGAGUUUUGGUAUGUAAGAUUAUUUAUUACUAUUAUUUCAAAAUGAUAUAUCAAUGUUACACAUACUCUCUUUACAUGUCAAA